ACGGUUUUAUUUUUAAAUAUUUCUAUAGAAAAAGUGACCAUGAUAUUAUGGACAAUAGCUCGAUGGCCGCUUCAACGAUGACAAGUGAUGACAUUAAAUCCAGUUCGCCCAUUAAAUCGGGUAGCCAACGCCGACCAAAGAGCAAAAAGAAUGCUUCUACGUGCACCAAUACUAAUGAAGUGGGUACGCUUACUAACGCUACUGGAGAUAGCUCCAUGCUUUCAGUGAUGGAAAUCGAAAGUAAUUCAAAAAAAUCGCCGACUACCUGCUCUUCUCCCAAGACACAUUGUUCAUCUUCUGAGAAACAGGAUGUGCAUAUAAUCAACGAACGCAAUGGUCUAAAUUACCAGAAGAAUAACGCUGCUAUGCAGGAUGAAGAUGAAGAUAGUGAGAGCGAAAAGCUGUCACCAUUACUAUCGUCAGGGACACAAAGCAAGAAUAGUUCGAAUAAGUCAGUGAAGCUGGUUUUAGAUAGUAUCGACACUAGUGAUAACGAGGAUAUGGUAACAAACGACCUUGUUAAUGAUACCGUAGUCAGCGUUAAUAUUGAUGGUGAUGAUAUUUCGACGAAGCACAAUGUACAUGGGUUGGAUCGUACUGAUGCUAAUGGGCCACUGAAAGAUCCAGGUAUAUUGGCAACCAACUUGAGUGCUGAGGAUUCUGAUUAUUAUACACCUGAUGACAUCCAAAGCAAUAUACUUAGUCCGUUGUAUUCUUCAGAGCGAGUAAAGAGCGGUGAUUCUUUGUGUUGUAGCUGCGCUGCUUUGAGUCAUGGUAAUUGCGAUAUGAAUGUACUUAAUGCUGCUGGGAUAGAUUUUAAUGCAAUGGUGAAAAGAAAUCAAAAUCUAAAAAAAAAAUCAACGUCCGCGGGUAAUAUUGUUGGCCCUAAAUCUGUAGCUCCUGCUAGUACUGGGGUUGAUUUAAAGAGCAAUAAUGUAAGCUCACUUCCUGAUAUGUUGGACAGCCCGGCAAGCGGCAAUUCAGCGUCUACGCGUAGCUCUAGUGACAGCUACUCAUCGAGCUCAUCUACCAAGCAGUUGCUUAGCUCUAAUACAACCACAGCAGCUGCUAAUAUUAUUGUCGAUGAUAAAAGUUCGCUGCAGAAUGCAGUUAAUGUUUAAAUAAAUAUAAUAUA